AACUCUGCAUCAUCAUGUAGACCGUUUCUUUGUAAUCCCGCAUUCUUCUGACUUUUGAAGCUCCACACUUCAUUUAAAACUUAAACCAUUCUACAAUUUUACACAUAAACCUCAAAACUCAAAAUUAAAACUUCACCAUAAUCUUCAUCAAUGGCAAAUCACUACGAAGAUUUCACUCACGAUGUUUUUCUGAGUUUCAGAGGCGGAACACGCUACUCUUUCACCGAUCAUCUCUACCGUUCACUUCUCCGUCAAGGAAUCAACGUUUUCAGAGACGACCAAAACCUCAAGAUCGGCCAUGAAAUCGGACCUUCACUCCUACAAGCAAUCGAAGCUUCUAGAAUCUCAAUCGUUGUGCUGUGUAAAGAAUAUGCUUCUUCAACUUGGUGCCUUGAUGAACUUGUUAAGAUCGUUGACUGUUAUGAAAAUAAUGGAAAAUCGGUUUUCGUUAUAUUUUAUAAGAUGGAACCUAGCGAUGUUAGGUAUCAGAAAAAUAGUUAUGAAGAUGCUAUUAGGAAACAUGAAAAGAGAUUUGGAAGGGAAUCGGAGAAGGUGAAAGCAUGGAAGUUGGCUUUGAAUCGAGUUUGUGCUCUCAGUGGAUUACAUUGCAAGGACGAUGUCUAUGAAUCUGAGUUUAUUGAAAAGAUUGUCAGAGAUAUCUCUACUAAACUACCGACCGUGCCUUUACAAAUCAAACACCUAGUCGGCCUCAAUACUCGUUUCAAACAGGUGAAAUCUAUUAUUGAUAUCAACUCUAGUGAACGUAUUUGCAUGUUGGGAAUUUACGGAGCUGGCGGAAUAGGCAAAACCCAGUUUGCCUUGCAUAUAUAUAACAAGAUCAGACAUCAAUUUGAAGCUGCGAGUUUUCUUGCUAAUGUUAGAGAAAAAUCAAAUGAAAGCAUUGGUGGUCUGGAAAAUCUCCAAAGGACACUUUUGAAUGAGAUAGGUGAGGCGACACAAGUGUUCGGAAGCUCAUUUAGAGGAAGCUCUGAAAUAAAACACAGGCUUUCUCACAAAAGAGUUCUUCUGAUACUGGAUGAUGUUGAUUCUGUAAAACAAUUGGAAUCACUUGCUGGAGGACAUGAUUGGUUUAAUUCUGGUAGCAUUAUCAUUAUAACUACAAGAGAUAUAGAUAUUCUACAUAAGCAUGAUGUUAAAAUUAAACCAUAUAAACUCGAAGAGCUAAAUCAUCAUGAAUCCACUGAACUCUUUUGUUGGUAUGCCUUUAACAUGAGCAGACCUGUAGAAAACUUUGAAAAAAUAUCUUCUCAUGCAAUAAGUUAUGCAAAGGGUAUUCCAUUGGCUUUAAGAGUAAUAGGAUCCAACUUGAAAGGUAAAAGCAUUGAAGAAUGGGAUAUUGAACUUCAGAAAUAUAGAAAGGUCCCAGAUGCUGAGAUUCAAGGUGUAAUGGAAAUCAGCUACAAAGGCCUAUCUGACUUGGACCAGAAAAUUUUUCUAGACAUCGCGUGUUUCUUCAAAGGGGAAAGAUGGGAUUAUGCUAAAAGGAUACUAGACGCUUGUGAUUUCUACCCAGUUAUACGAGCGUUUAAUAGUAAAUGUCUCAUAACUGUUGAUGAAAAUGGUUUGCUACAAAUGCAUGAUCUAAUACAAGACAUGGGUAGAGAGAUUGUACGGAAAGAAUCAACAUCAAACCCUGGUGAACGUAGCAGAUUGUGGUCUCAUAAAGAUGUUCUUGAUGUACUGAAAGGAAAUUUGGGAAGUACUAAAGUAGAAGGAAUGAUGCUUCAUCCCCCAAAACAAGAAAAAGUAGAUUAUUGGGCUUAUUCUGCCUUUAAGAAGAUGAAAAACCUCAGAAUUUUGAUUGUAAGGAAUACAUUAUUUUCAUCAGGACCUAGCUAUUUGCCAAAUAAUUUACGGCUACUCGAUUGGAAGUGCUACCCUUCAAAGGAUUUCCCACUAAAUUUUUAUCCAUACAGAAUUGUUGAUUUCAAGUUACCUCAUAGUUCUAUGAUAUUGAAAAAGCCCUUUCAGAUUUUUGAGGAUUUAACGCUCAUCAAUCUCUCCCAUAGUCAAUCCAUAACUCAAGUUCCUGAUUUGUCUGGAGCUAAAAACUUAAGAGUGUUUACACUUGAUAAAUGCCAUAAAUUGGUAAGGUUUGAUAUAUCCAUUGGAUUUAUGCCUAAUAUGGUGUAUUUAAGUGCUUCUGAGUGCACUGAGCUUAAAAGUUUUGUGCCAAAAAUAUAUUUACCCUCCCUUCAAGUGCUUUCAUUCAAUUACUGCAAAAAAUUUGAAUACUUCCCUCAAGUAAUGCAGAAGAUGGAUAAGCCAUUAAAGAUUCACAUGAUAAGUACUGCCAUUAAGGAGUUUCCAAAGUCUAUUCUUAACCUUACAGGCCUUGAGUAUAUAGACAUGUCAAUUUGUAAAGGGCUUAAAGAUCUUUCAAGUAGCUUCUUAUUGCUUCCAAGACUGGUAACUUUGAAAAUUGAUGGCUGCUCUCAACUUGGACAAUCAUUUCAACGGUUCAACGAACGCCAUUCAGUGGCAAACAAAUAUUCAAAUUUAGAAGCACUUCAUUUUAGCGAGGCUAAUCUAUCAGAUGAAGAUGUUAAUGCCAUUAUUGAAAAUUUUCCAAAACUGGCAUACUUGAAAGUUUCACACAAUGGUUUUGUAUCCCUCCCAAAUUGCAUCAGAGGAUCUAUGCACUUGAAAAGUCUUGAUGUGAGUUUUUGCAGAAACCUUACGGAAGUUUCAGAACUUCCAUUAAGUAUUCAGAAGAUCGAUGCAAGACACUGUAAAUCCUUAACUUUAGAUGCAUCAAGUGUGCUUUGGUCCAAGGUUUCGCAAGAGAUCCAAAGAAUACAAGUAGUGAUGCCGAUGCCAAAAAGGGAUAUUCCAGAAUGGUUUGACUGCGUUAGCAGUCAAGAGAUUCCGCUUUUAUGGGCUCGCCAUAAGUUUCCCAUCGUUGCUAUAGCAUUAGUGUUCCAGGCAGUAAAAAAGACGGACGAUGUUUCUAAAUUCUUUGAUGAUAUAAAUUUGUUAAUUGGAGUCAAAGGCUGGCACACUGUUGGCCUCCAUUUAUUUAUUGAUGGCCAAGAAUUUUGUGGCAUGGGUUGUCAAUAUUUCAUUGUUGGGGAAGAUCAUGUGCUAUUGUGUGAUCUACGGGUUUUGUUCAGUGAUGAAGAGUGGCAGGACCUUGAUGCAAAUCUUGGAGAUGACUGGAAGGCCAUUCAGGUUCAAUAUGAUUCAGACUUGGUUCUAAUUAAUUGGGGAGUUUAUGUGUACAAGCAAGAAACAAGCAUGGAUGAUAUUCAAUUCAUACCUCCAAAUCACAAUUCAUUUUCGUACAUGGCAUCGUCGUGUCUAGUUCCAAAGGGAUCUCCAGGGAAGCAAAUGAAACGUGUGUUGGAAAGUUUCAAUCCAAGAGACAUGUUUCACGAGCAUUUGCCUGUAUUUGAAUCAGAAGCAGGUCCAGUCGGAUCUUUAAAAUUGCUUUUGCGGUCUUUGAGGAAUGCCAAGGCUGAAGUUGUAGAAGAGACUUCUUCCUCUUCCUAUGGGGUAAGUCUAAAGCAAGAUCAUGAAGAUUCUGUAGAGGAUGUGAUUCAAGUGUUAGAGAUGUUCAAAGAGAAUAUAUCAGAAUAUUUUGCCGAUUCAUCUCCUGAAGAUCUUCAAAUUGCAACCGGAUUUUUGGAAAGAAUAUUGAGGGCACGGGUAGAAUUAAUGAAGGAAAAUGGCUUGGACAUUGGUAUGCCUAUUAUACUAGGGUAUACUGAUGCAUCAGGAGCUACACAUCGACGCUUUUGGGGAAUCAUGGAGAUAAAAUUGAGAGAUCCAUUUUACAAACCAGUGUUGAAGAGGCAAAACCAACUUGCCUGGGGACUUGGAACGUCUGAGCUGAGCGUAAUCAUUGUUGAAUUGAAAUGCCAGCCUGUAGGUACAGAGGAAGCUUCAAGCUCUAGCCUUGAAGAAUCCUUGGAGGAAGGAAACUACAAUCCUGAUUUGGAAGAGUUAAUGAGGAGGAUAGAGCAAGAUGCUAUGAGCUUGAAUAAAUCUUAUGGGAAAAUGAAGGCAUCUAUUGUUCAAACUGAUGAGUCCAUUUCAGAAAAAUAUCUAUUGGAAACAUUAAUCUUCAGAAGACUAAUGAUUUUAGGAAAAUUGACAAUGUUUGGAUCAGUGACCAAGUUCAAGAUCACACCUUAUGGGAAGAUAAGGGCAGAGGACGACCCUUUCCGCAUACUGAGGAUAAGUUUCUGGGUUUCGACCUUGGUGAUUCAAGCUCUAAUUAUAUGGUCAUUUUAUUUCUUUGUACUUGUGUGCCUUUUUUUUGUACUUGUGUGCCUUUAUUUGCAUAGGAUACCAAUAAUAAGGAAGAUAUUAGGGUGGGGUUGGUUGCUUGUCAAGCAUAUUUUUUUUGCUUGUAAAAACUUAUGCAGGGGAACUGGCGAGAUUAUUAGGAGAAUAAAAGAGAAGGAAUUGUAGUGGCAGAAUGUUUAUAAAUGUGUCCACAAAAGUUAUGUUGGUUGAA